AUGGAAUUGGUGAAAACGCAGAACGAGAUCAAAGUACAGAAACAAGAAAACGAAUUAUUGAAGGCGGGAAUCGGAAAGCAAGAAACACGAGCCGAUGAUUGGUUAAAGGAGAAAGAAUCGCUAAACGAGACAAUCACUAAUUACAAAAAGCUCGAAGAUGAAGUGCUGAAAUUAGAGAAGAAACGCUUAGAAUCAGAGUCUAUGGUUGCUCAGAAAACUGAAUUGAUUAAUAAAGGGAUUUUGGAGUUGGCCAGAAAAGAUGAAAUUAUCAAUAAUUUGAAGAAGGAUAUAGAAAGCAAUAAAUAUGAUAAUCAAAAAACGGAGAAUGUAAUAAAGCUUUUGGAGGAGAGGUUGCAGAAGAGCAAAGAGGAUAAUUCUAUUUUGGAGGUGCAAGUGGAGGGAUUGAAGACGGUGUUGGCUGCUACUGGAUCCGGUGAAAUUGCAAGAGAAUUGUCGAAUAUGCAGAGAAAGCUGACCGAGAUGAAAUCGCAGUAUCUGAAUUUGCUCUCGGUCAAAGAUCGAUUGGAAAAGCAGGUGGAAACUGAUAAAGAAGAGAAGAAAACUCUUGUGGAGUAUCAGAAGACCUUUUAUGAUCAGUUGCAAAAUCAACAGAAAGAGAUAGAUAAUCAGGUCAAAAGUAUUGCAGCUUUGAAUGAGCAGUUGGACAAAGAGAAAAAUACUGUUAAUGCUUUACAGAAUGAAAGGAUGAAACAUUUGCAAGAAAAAACGAUUUUAACAGCGAUUUCUCAAAAAUUGAAGGGAGAAAUAACUAAACUGGAUCAACUGGAAACGUCGGUUUCUACAAGCAAUAAACGUGCCAAUAAAUUGGCUAUGAUGGCCCAAUACAAUAAGCAAUUAGAGCAGAAACUGCGAGAAGAGGUGGCUGAAAGGGAUGAUACCAUAACUAAACUGAAAACGAAUAUGGAGCUUCUUCACAAUAUGCAAAUGGAAAAUUCGAAAGAAAAGGUUGCUCUGUGCGAAGAACUCAAUCAGGUUUUUCACCGGAAAACAGAGCUAGAUGGAAAAUUGGCCGUGCAAUUGGAGAGGAACAUGAUGUUGAGCGAACAUAAGCACGAUCAAUUGCAGUACGUCACCAAUAAAUUGAAAGAAAUACAAGAGAAUUAUGGGAAGGAGAAGAUUGAGAUGGAGAAGAAUAUGGAAAUGUUUCGCAAUGAAAACGAAAAGUUGUUGGAGGAAUGCAAAGCUAAAAAUGCUUUGAUUUUAGAAAUGCAAAAGGAGAAAGAAAUGCUUAUAGCUACAGCUAUUGGUAUCAAGGACAAUAGUUCUCUGUAUGAGGCUAAAUUGAGAAAAAUGCAGUAUGAUUUUAAGAAAGCUAAGAAAGAGUAUGCCAAAACGACGAAAGAGAUUAACAAUAGAUAUUUAAUGUUAAAAAAUACUAAUAAGACACUAACUAAAGAAGCAUAUGACAUUUCAGAAGAAAACCAGAAGCUUAAGAACGACUUUGAGAAUGCAAAAAUUACCUUGAACCGAGUUUUUAUCGAAUUAAACGAAGCGAGAUCUGUUGAAGAGACUUAUAAAAAUACUAUAACAGAGAAACAGAGACUUUCGGAGAAUCUUCAGAAUGAUUUGAACGAGAAGAAUAACACAAUUUCCAGCUUGGAGGAGCAGCAGAAUUUGCUCAAGUCCGAUCUGACCGAAGUGUGCUGUAAUUAUGAGAAAUUAACAAAUGAAUACAAUAAGGUAACGGAAAAACUGAAGCAGUUGAAGGAAAAUGAUGAAAUGGAGGAGAUUGUGAACGAUCUUAAUGUAAGGGAUGAGGAGAUCUUAGUUCAACAGGAGAGGAUUCGGACGUUGGAAAUGGAGAACGAUAGGCUUGGGGAUUACGUGGAGCGCUUUAAAAAAGAAAAAGAACAAUUUCUUGUAAAAUAUGCAUCUCUUGAAGCUGAUUUAUUCAAAAUGAAAACGAUUUAUGAGACCACCAUUCAACGAAAUGCAAUUCUUGAGGAUCAAGUGGUGAAUCUGAAGGAGAAGGAAGCCGAUGCAUCGAGGGAAUUGAUUGAAAGGUGUUCUUACUACGAGCAGUCUAUUGGUGAACUAAAAAGCAAUUGUUGGAGCAAAAGUUGAGUCAUAUGGAGAAGGAGAUGAAGUACGUUUGCACGACCGCUGAGAAUAUCAAAUUAGAGAAAGAGAAUACGAUGAUGAUUCUCG